UUCACUGGAAAGAUGAAGCUUUUUGUUGUUUUUGCGGCAUUGUUGGCUUGCGCCCUCGCUGGACCUAUGGUCCGCGUGGACCCAAACCUUGAUUGGCGCAUCGUUGGAGGUUCUAACGCUGCAUCUGGUCAAUUUCCUUUCAUGGUCUCCCAAAGAAGUGGUUCGACCACCAGUCAUAUGUGUGGUGGUACUAUUAUUAACAAUAGGUGGAUCUUGUCUGCUGCACAUUGUCUUACCGGUUCCGGAGCUAUUACUUUCGUAGCUGGUUCUCAUUUGAUUUUAACUGGAGGUGUUCGUUUUGCGGUUUCCAGACGUCUUAUUCACGCCAAUUACAACCCAACUUUAAUCUCCAACGAUGUUGGUGUAGUUCAAUUAGCCAGCGCCAUAUCUUUUGGUAACCUUAUCCAACCAAUUGCUUUGGAAAGUGGCAAUGUUGGAGCUGUUGCUGCUACCGUAGUCGGUUGGGGAAGAAUCCAAACUGGAGGAGCUAUUCCUAAUAAUCUCCAAUGGUUGAAUUUGAACUCCAUCACUGUCGCUGAUUGUCAAAAUAGACAUAGUCACCCCGUAUUCGCUAACAACAUUUGCUCGCUCGCUCCCAACGGUCAAGGUAUUUGCCAAGGUGAUUCUGGUGGCCCACUUCUUCGUCGUGGAACUAAUAUUCAACUUGGUAUUGCAUCAUGGGUUAUUCCAUGUGCUCGUGGAUGGCCAGAUGUAUUCGCUAGAGUUUCCUCCUUCUUACCUUGGAUUAAUAACGCUAUUACCUCUUAAAUUCUU